CAGAAAUGGUAAAUAAAUGCCAUUCCAAUGUGUGUGUUUGUGUAUGUGUGUGUGUGUGUGUGUGUGUGUGUUUGUGUGUGUGUGCAGGCACACGUACAUCAGUGUCCCACUUUGGACACCCCAAUCAAAAAAAGUUUGGAAACUGUUUACCUGAUACCUGUGUAUGUAUGUGUGUGUGGAAGGUUUUUAUAUUUGAGGGAGCAGCCCCAUUGUCUGACCCUUUUCCUCCACUCCACAGGACAUCCCCCACUGAUGGAGAACGAGACGUGGCUGCACCCUUCAUACAUCCCCCAUUAUCUCCUCCAUGGUGACCCUUUCGCUUCGAAACUGUCCAGAAAGGCGGAUAUCAUUGCCGCCUUUUACAUCUGCAUCAUAGGAAUCUUGUCUGCAACAGGGAACGGCUAUGUCAUUUAUAUGACCAUCAAACGCAAGACCAAGUUGAAGCCUCCUGAGCUCAUGACUGUUAAUCUAGCCGUCUUCGACUUUGGCAUAUCAGUGACAGGAAAGCCCUUUUUUGUUGUAUCUAGUUUCGCCCACCGCUGGUUGUUCGGCUGGGAGGGUUGUCGUUUCUACGGCUGGGCGGGCUUCUUCUUCGGUUGUGGGAGCCUCAUCACUAUGACCGUGGUCAGUCUGGACCGGUACCUCAAGAUCUGCCAUCUCAGAUACGGCACGUGGCUGAAACGCCACCACGCCUUUCUGUGCCUGGCCUUUGUGUGGGUGUAUGCAGCUUUCUGGGCCACCAUGCCCUUGGUCGGCUGGGGAAACUACGCCCCGGAGCCCUUCGGGACCUCCUGCACGUUGGACUGGUGGCUGGCACAGGCCUCCGUGUCCGGCCAGUGCUUCGUCAUGGCCAUCCUGUUCUUCUGUCUCAUCCUCCCCGCGGGCAUCAUCGUCUUCUCCUAUGUCAUGAUUAUUUUCAAGGUCAAGUCGUCUGCAAAGGAGAUUUCAAGCUUUGACGCCCGCAUCACAAACACCCACAACCUAGAGAUGAAACUCACAAAGGUGGCAAUGCUGAUCUGUGCAGGCUUCUUGAUAGCCUGGAUCCCUUAUGCAGUGGUGUCAGUGGUGUCGGCGUUUGGUGAUCCAGACUCCGUGCCCAUCCCCGUGUCUGUCAUUCCCACGCUGCUGGCCAAGUCCUCGGCUAUGUACAACCCCAUCAUCUACCAGGUGCUGGACCUGAAAAAUUCCUGCACGAAAUCCUCCUGCUUUAAGGGCCUGAAGAAACGUAGGCAUUUUAGAAAGUCAAGGCCCUACACCAUCUCUGGCACCUUAAAGGACAAUACAUCAGCCAAAGAAGCUCACAUCGAGAUGUGAGACAGACAUUUUAGACUGCGUGACCCUAUUACAUCUCCUGCUUUGGACGGUUUGCCUUGUCCCCUGCCCCUCUUGUGCCCUACACUCGCCCAAUCACACGCUGCCUGUCACCCGCUAUAUCAACAACAGCUCACCUUUGUUUCCCAGUGAGUCCUGAGUCUUGCUGCUUGUUUUAACACCCACGCUGGAUCCCCUGUGUGACAUGGCUCCCACAGCUCCCCCACUCCCCCUUCUCCGGAAACACAUCUUCCCCACAAGGUUGUGCUUAAUCUGUGGAGUUGUGUUGUCUUUACAGUGGUUACAACAUACAAUUGGCAUGUUGUGUGAGCUUCUUGACUUUAUUUUCAGUAUUACAGACAACAAUGUCUGUGAAAAUCACUCAUGUUGCUGACUGACUUACUACAGCGUUGUUCUCAUAAUACAGCUCGACUGAGAUUUGAAAAGGUUUCCAACCAAAGUCGAGUCACAUCUAGAGCUAUAACUUUUCAUGAAUCUAAUUCUUACAAAAGUGUGAAAUUGCUACGAGAAGUUAAAUAUAUUUCCGUCAAUGUUUCUAAACCCAAACUGCAGGAAAGAAAAUAAAUCAACCUGACAAUAGUCAUGUCAAAACAGGUUUGGGUGUAACUGUCAAGCUCAAAGUUGUAUUUUUACUGUUUGUACAGGCUGUUGUCUUUUGUACUCCUUCACCUGUGUCUUGUUAAUAUAUCUCAAAAAGCUCUCAGCAACAGUUAAACUACACACAAGGAGACGUUGCUUGAUGCUAAUCAGUGGAACCGAGACCUAUACAGUGCACUUUACUUGCAAAGUCUGUCAGUAUGCAUUGAUACCAGUUUGUUUCUUUGAAUGUAUGGAAUGUCAUUCUCUAAGGAACAACUGUGGAUGAUUCAGGGACCGUUUUCUUUCAUCUAUUUAUUGUUGGUUUGUUGAGCCAGAAAUAACUGCAUCUUUUCCAUGAAAUUGUUUGACAUGUUGGUACAUGCUUAUUCGCUUUCUUGCCUAGUUGGAUAAGAAGAUUGAUACCACUCCCGUGUGCCUGUGUGUUAAGUAUGAUGCUGGAGAGAGGGGGCAAUUAGCUUAUCUUAGCAUAAAGUCUGAAAACCGGGGGAAACGUCAAGCCGUGUCAAAAGCUAACAAAUAAUAUAUUAUAAUAUAACAAUAUACAAAAUGUAAAGCUCACAAAUCAACAUGUAUCUUGAUUUUUUUUUUAAUACAUUCCUAAAAGUAAAGUUUUAUGGAGAGUUGCCUGCUGCAACUAGUAGCUAACCAUUUUUCCUUGCUACCAGUUUCUAUGCUAUGCUAACCACCUGCUGCUUUCAGCUCCGAACUUGGAGCACAAUGGAGGUAUAUGAGAGUGAUGACUUUCAACAGACUGCUACGACCUACAAUGUAACAGUUUACAUGCUAAUCUGCUAGCAUGCCUACUGCAAACUGGCCACUGUUCAUUGUUAAUUGUUCUAAAAGUCCGAUACUCGGCGGCGUCUUGACGCUCGUUAAUUCUCCAGAAAGGGCGGGUCCCCAAUUUCCACCCACUUGCGUUUGCAACUUUGCUCCGUCGUAAUACAACUGUAAUGCCCAAAGUUUAAGUCCGUUUGUCUGUGGACAGAUUUUGUUACUGUGAUAGCGUCGCAACCAUGCAAGAUAAAGUCAUGAAAGUGUGCUGGUGUGUAGUUGAGAUCUACAUCAAAGACAUCAAAACUCCAAAGAUGGACAUGGUCCGAGCAAGGGGGGACAGAAGUUGGGGGGUAGUAAGUGGGGGAGGGGCCAUUGAAAUCUCAAUAUGUCAUUGAGGUAAAAGUGGUAAAAGAAUAAUGAAAAGCAGCAGCUUUACUUUGUUUCUCCUUUUGCUGGACCGACUCUUACUAGUUUUGCAAGGAUAGUUGUGUCAUGUGCUUCUUCAAUGUUAUGUUAAGCGUCACCUUCGACAGUGCAAGUAAACAAGCUAGCUAGGCUAGCUACAGAAAUGUGGCCUGCAUGAUCCUUGCUUUGUGGGUAGCAGCGAUCAGUUGAGAGUCUGCCACAGAUCUUCUCAUCUAACUUCUGGCAGGAAAGUGAAUGUGUGUUUUCCAAUGUUUUAGAAUGAACAUUUACUUAGUUAAACAUUUUGACUUUUGCACACACCUGGGGUCUCAUUUAUAAAAAUGUUCUUUAGAUUCAUGUUUAAUGUUCAUGUAUGCACAAUUCUGGAAUGAAGACAAGCAAUACAAAAAA